GCGUUGCUAGGAGACGAAGACGCCCCCCCCCCGUAAAGGUGGUGGUAGUGGAUGAGGGAUCAGGAGAUCCAAAAGAAAGAUGGAGGUGGAGACGCAGAAGAAUUACUGUGCCUUCACAGUAUAUCUUGAAGGAUAUGAUGAAGAAGGGAAAGACAGAAUGGGAGACACUACUGAGAGCAUUCAGGAAGCCUUUGAGAAGUUCCGAAGACGGCGGCAGGAGGCGCUCCAAAGUCUUCCUGGAAAGAAGGUUUGCAUCCAGAGAAGGCUGCAGCAGCCGGAUGCCCGGUGGGAACUCCGAAUGAAGUUCCUCGAUCAGGCAAAACGUUACAUCGGGGUGCCGUAUGCCAAGAACUACCACGAACCUGGAAGGAAACGGCAACCCCAUGAUAUCGUCCAUGUAGAAAUCUGGUUGGGGGACGGAGACCGCAGCCUCGGGGCCAGGUGGAAACGAGACACGGUCCACAUCUUCGAAUCCUACAAAUUUGUCUCCGUCACAUACGGAAACAUGGAGUACCACUUCAAGUCCAUUGAGACGUGGCUGAGAGGCGUCUGUACCAGCCAUUGUCCAGAACACAAAUGGGCCUCGGCAAGAGAGCUUCCUGGAAAGAGGUCCAUCUUCCACCCCCGGAGUGAUCGAGAUGAACCUGCUGAAGAUGAUGUAGGUGCUCAAGGCAGAACAUCUUGGUCACAAGUGGGAGACGAAAAGAUGGCUCUCCAGGUGGAGUCCUUGGUGGAAUCCAUUAGUAAUUGUGAGCUGAGCAAUUGCAAACCGAUGGAGGCCCUGGAUCUGCAAGACGUUUGCAGAGUAGGACCAAGGUUAUCUGGGAUGGACCUCAUGGAACAAGAUCAGGUUCUAGAGGCUGGGCAAAGCCAGCUGGCUUCUCCAGAAAGCCACCCUCUGGAGAGUUCAAGUACAAAUAUGGGACAUGGCAGCCGUUCCUUGGAAGCGGGCCAAGCCCAGGAAGAAGAAGGGUUUAAGGAGAGGACCAUGGAGACCCAAACUCAUGGGCAGGAAGCCUGUGAGAGACCAGGACUCAUUCAAGACUCUCUCGGCAAUGAGCCCAAGAAGUCCACCUUGAAAGCCAACUCUAGAGGGGUCUUAAGAUGUGGUGGGAAGAAGCAGAAAAAGAAAAACCAGCCAGGAACUCAAAGAAAUCCUUCACACUUUGGCGGGCCGGUAUCAGAUUCCAAGGGUGGUGCAAAUAGGAGAGACAACAAAUAUCUGAGGAUGUCUGAAAACGACGAGCUUGAAGACGCGCAGAUCCAAAAGCCAAAUAGCAUUCCUGACUUGGCUGAAGGGGAGCCAAUAAGUGAAACCAAGUCAAAGGGGCCCAAAAAUGCCCCCAAACCACCUCCCCGAGGGAAUCUUCCAGAAGAAAAAAAGCCAGAAGAAUCGGGGCCUUUCUUUUACAUCGGAGGAGCUAAUGGAGUAGAGAUACUGAACAUCUACGGCAAGAACAGGGGCUGGCAGCGUAUCUAUGACAACCGGCGGGAGGAUUAUAUCCUGAAAUGGUGCGAAACGAAGUUUCGGGACACCUAUUACAACUUCAGGGAAGGAGAACAGCUGCUUUAUCAGAUCCCGAACAACAAAAUCCUCACCACCAAGAUUGGCCUUUUGAUGAAUCUCAGAGAGUACGAGCGAGUGAUGAGGAAGAUCAACAGAAACACAAAAAUGCUGAGAUUGGAAGACUUUUUCCCCGAGACUUUCCGCCUGGACACGAAAGAUGAGAGAGAAAUCUUCUUUGAAAUAUAUAGAGAGCCGCAGAUCUGGAUCUGCAAGCCCACGAGCUCCAACCAAGGCCGAGGGAUCUUCCUCCUGAAAAAUGAAGCGGAGGUCAACAGCUUACAAGUCAAGCUCCACAAUGUCGAGGAAGACCCAAUGUACCAGAAACUGCCCUACAAAACGCCCCCAGCCAGAAUUGUGCAAAGGUACAUUGACAAGCCUCUACUCCUAGAGGGGAAAAAGUUUGACGUUCGCUCUUACCUCCUCAUUGCCUGCACCGUACCCUACAUGGUGUUCUUUGGUCAUGGCUACGUCCGUCUCACGUGCCUCAACUACGACCCUAAGUCGGAAGACCUCACUUCUCAUCUGACGAACCAGUAUGUACAGAAGAAGAGUCCCAUGUAUUCGCAUGUCAAGGAGGAGACGGUCUGGCAGAUGGACCGCUUCAACACCUACGUCAACGAGAGGUUCAAGCAAGAGAAGGGUCUCCCCAAGGAUUGGGUCUUCAAUGGGUUUACAAGGAGAAUGAAGGAGAUCAUGCUGCAGUGUUUCCUGGCGGUCAAGUCCAAGCUGGACUGCAAACUGGGCUACUUUGACCUGAUCGGCUGUGACUUCUUGAUCGAUGAAGAUUUUAAGGUGUGGCUCUUGGAAAUGAAUGCGAAUCCUGCUUUGCACACCAACUGUACCGCUUUGAAGAACAUAAUCCCCACAGUGGUGAACGAGACCCUCGAUCUGGUGAUCGAAAUCUUUACUAAAAUCCAAAAAGGUCAGACCGUUUUACCCCUGGAAUCCUUGUGCCACUUUGCUCUUCUCUACAACGGGUCAACUUUGGAUGGCGGAUUGACCUGGCCCACCAAGAGCAGGACUUCCCUCCGUUCUCUGAGAAACCACCCCUCGCUUCCCGACACCACCGGGGGUGGCCCUGCCAGUUCCACCAGCACCGCCGGAAACCCCAACAGCAUCGUCAGCCGCCGCCCAGCGGACAAGCAGCCGCCCAAAGCUUCUGAGAAGACGCCGAAGGGUGAACCCCCUGCUGUUCCUGAGGGGACAUCCGUCGUACCCAACAAAGGAGCCCCUCGGAACCCCUUACCCAUGCCGCAGAUCCAGAUCUCCAUCAUCCCCAGCCUCUCCUGUUGCCCCUCCGUAAAAGCCAUCUUCCGGGGCAAUCAAGUCUGUAACAGCGGCAACCAAUAUAUCGUCAAAAAUGCGCCGUCUAACUUGCCCGAGAGUCAGCCCAAAGCGGAGGGCGCCGAUGACAAGACCAAAAUGGAUGGCGUUAUCGUCGCUGGGGGUCUCUCCAAAGACAAGUCGUAUGCCGCUUGGUUCCAGCAAACAUUUGGGUCCAAAUUGUCGUCGGCCCCCACUUCCAACGGAUCCGGAGGGCCCUUGACCAGCUCCCAAAUGGUCUCCCUCCACCUUCAGUCCAACCUCCCUCCCAGCCUCCCCGUCUUCCAGGAAUUCCCCAAGCCUUUCCGACAUCUCAUGACUCACGCCAAGCCGUCGCCAUCAACGGACAACACCAAAGUGGCGGUCGCCAGCCGGAGUUGCGGUGAUUCGCUCCCAGAAGAUAAAAAGAUCUCCCGACGCAGCUCUUAAAAUAAGAUCGCCUGUGUAUUUGAAAAGCCCUUGCCCUCUUUCCUAUAAAGGACUCAAAGAAAGAAAGAAAAAGCCCUCAUCUGUGAUAUAUUUCAGCAUUAUUAUU